AUGUUUGACCAAGAUGUUGCUCGCCUUUUGAACGUGUCUGCAAACUAUAUUCGUGAUCGUCAAGUUCAGUCUGAGAAUCCCAAUGGUUUCCCUCAUGAAUUGGAUGCUCUUGUGAAUCGUAUGCUUGCGUUUAAGAUUGUCGUUAAUUCCUACAAUGUUCGAAACAAGUACUAUGUCUUUACUGUUAUCAAUUUUUGUGAUGAUCCUGAUAUAAUUGAUGAAUUGCUUUCAUUGGAAAAUCAACCAGAGCUUACUACCCCAAGUGUUGAUCCUACCUGUGUCAAGCUAUCGGAAUCCUCACAAUGUGGAGUUGAUUUAAAGGAUGCUGCAUCUGUUACUGGAGGUUGUUUAACUAUGGACGUCGACAAUGACACUGAAACAAGCCCCCUGAUUAGAAGACCCAUCAAAGCUGUUAUUGAUGCUCUCAAUGCUCCUGGAGAAUCUUCCACCAAAAGACUAAAAAAGAAGUUGGAACCAUAUGAUGUGUAAACAAGGCUUGAAAACUAUACUGUUAUGUUUGCAGAUUUCUUUUGAACAUUGCUUGUCUGUCUAUUACUCUGUUUAUCUUUUGGAGUUCAUUGAUGGAUGUUAUUGCCAUGAACCUUGAACUUAUGAACCUAUAUGCUACUUCCUUUUGU